GACUGCUGGAUAUCACCUGGAACCCGCAGCUUCAGCUCCACCGCAUAGUCCUCCCCCAGGAUUGUGUGAUUGAAGAGGAUUUCUGCAACCAGCAUAGGAACGUCAGAGUGAACCAGGAAGAACCAGAACCUCCACAGAUUAAAGAGGAACAGGAAGAACCAGAACCUCCACAGAUUAAAGAGGAACAGGAAGAACCAGAACCUCCACACAUUAAAGAGGAACAAGAAGAACCAGAACCUCCGCAGAUUAAAGAGGAACCGGAAGAACCAGAACCUCUACAUUUUAAAGAGGAACCGGAAGAACCAGAACCGCUACAGAUUAAAGAGGAACAAGAAGAACCAGAACCUCCACAGAUUAAAGAGGAACAGGAGGAACCAGAACUUCAACAGAUUAAAGAGGAACAAGAAGAGCUCUGCGUCAGUCAGGUUGAAGACCAUCUUGAUCUGAAGCAGGAAACUGAAACCUUGAUGGAGAUUCCUACUUUUGAGGAACAUGAGAACAGUGAAGCAGAUCUAAACAAUCAGCAGAUCUUGAAUGGAACUGAUAGUCUGGAUGAACACACUUCAACUACAGAUGAAGAGAUAGACUCACUGAGCAGUUUUAGUAAAUCAACAAAUCUUAAAACACACAUGAAAACUCAAACAGGAGAGAAGACUUUUUCUUGUAAAGAAUGUGGCAAAAGUUUUAGUCGCAUACAUGACCUCAACAGACACAUAAGAAUUCACACAGGAGAAAAGCCUUUUUGUUGUAAAGAAUGUGAUAGAAGCUUUAGUGAUGUGUCUUCUCUGAAAUCACACAGGAAAGCUCACACAGGAGAGAAGCCUUUUUCUUGUAAAGAAUGUGAAAGAAGUUUUAGUGAUAUGUCCAAUCUCAAAAAACAUGUGAGAAUUCACACAGGACAGAAGCCUUUUUCUUGUAAAGAAUGCGAUGCAAGUUUUAGUCAAACAUCAAAUCUCAAGUCACACAUGAGAACUCACACAGGAGAGAAGCCUUUUUCUUGUAAAGAAUGUGACAGAAGUUUCAGUCAAAGAUCUAAUCUCAAAUUACACAUGAGAUCACAUACAGGAGAGAAGCCUUUUUCUUGUAAAGAAUGUGACAAAAGCUUUAGUUGCAUAUCUUAUCUCAAUUCACACAUGAAAACUCACACAGGUGAGAAGGCUUUUUCUUGUAAAGAAUGUGCUAAAAGUUUUAGUUGUAUAUCCCAUCUAAAAGCACACAUGAGAACUCACACAGGAGGGCAGUCUUUUCUAUGUCAAGAAUGUGGCAGAACUUUUAAUGAAUUAUCUUAUCUCAAAUCACACAUGAGAACUCAUACAGGAGAAAAGCCUUUUUCCUGUACAGAAUGUGACAAAAGUUUUAGUCAAAUAAAUAAUCUCAAAAGACACAUGACAGUUCAUACGAGAGAGAAGCCUUUUACUUGUGAAGAAUGUGGUAGAUGUUUUAGUCAGAUGUGUAUUCUCAAAAAACACAUGAUAAUUCAUACAGGAGAGAAGCCCUUUUCGUGUAAAGAAUGUGACAAAAGUUUUAACCGAAUAUAUAAUCUCCAAUCACACAUGAGAACUCACACAGGAGAAAAGCCUUUUCCUUGUAAAGAAUGUAAUAAACGUUUUAGUCAUGUAUCUGAUCUCAAAAGACAUAUGAGAACUCAUACAAGAGAGAAGCCUUUUCCUUGUAAGGAAUGUAAUAAACGGUUUAGUAUUGUGUCUAAUCUAAAAAAGCACAUGAGAACUCACACAGUAGAGUAUCGCCUCGUCUUGUAAAAAAUGUGCUGAAGUCCCCCCUAUGAAGUGUUUCAUUUAAAAAUGUUCCCAGUAGAGCUUCAAUCAAGACUAUGGUGUUUUUCACCAAAACCACACAAGCUAAAUCUUUUUAAAAAGACAUUGUCCAUGUUGAUCUGAGGCCUCUGCUUCCAAAAUCUCCUCUGAGAGGGUGUGGCUUUUGGAACUGAGUUAUUUCCAAGUCAAUGACUGAUGGUUCACAGUCAAUGGUUUGCACUAUUAUUGGUUUGUGCUGAGCAGAAGGGGGAGGAGCAAUAGUUCUCUGCAGCUGCACAGAGACUACGAAAGAGAGAGAGAUGUGCUAGAAGUUGCUUAAAUCUGUUUAAAAGGAAAAAGCUAAACAUUUUUAAAGGCAAAAGUUGAAUUUUUAUUUUAAUAUUUUAUCUGGGGUUAAUAAAUAAAAGCAUUUCAUAAUAUUCAUUCAUAUAUAAAAACACUUUUAAAUUAGAAAUUCAUUUUCUGCAUAGUUUUAUAUUUGUGUUGAUCAUGAAUUUAUUGAAGCAACAAAACAACCUAAAGAGCCGCUUCAGAGCCAAACUGGAAGAGACGAUAAUGUUAGUGAGCAGAACCAAGAGAGACGGUUCUCUAAGAAGAUCUGGAAGUUCCAUCACUAGCCCCGCCCCCUCCAGUCGGAAUGACAUUUUUUUUAAUGUGAGGAGGAGAAAGAAACUGCUGGAGGUCUUAAACAGUUCUUUGUGUUUUCAAAGACUUAGUUCCAGAUUGAACACAUAUGUAUAGAUGUAAGUUUUAUCCACAUCUCUCUUUGAACAGUGGAAUAGACCACAAAUGUCUGAACUUCGUGUCCUUUUUCACUCUGCUGUCUGAUUUAUGUCUUUAAUCUAGGGGUGUAAUGGAUCACAAAACUGCCAGUUCUGAUUGUGUCACUGUUUUAGGGUCACAGUUUGGAUCAUUUUUAAGAUCAGUAAAAAGAAAAAAAACAACUGCAAAAGACAACAAGAUAAAAACCUAACAUUACUUUUUGCAAAAGCUUGAAAACAAAUAUUUAAUAAUGUUAGCUCAUUGAGACCUAUUUACAAAACUUUGAACACAAACAAUAUGCUAAAACAUGUCGUUUCUGAUUACAUUUACCUGUCUUUAGACCAAAAUCUAAAAAAACCGAGAGAAAAAAAUGAUUAAAAAUAGUGUUGAAAAUACCAAAUCUAUCUGGGGUACCCACUAAUAUGCUAUCCUAAUUUGACACGAAUUGCAUUCAAUGUGAACGGACAAUUGAAAUUAUCAUAGCACGAGGUGUGCGGGUGGAAUGAAGGUUGAGGUGGUCCGUGGUACACAUGUGCAAAACCGUGGCUUCUGAUCCAUACGAACCAUGGAUUAUCCGUGAUCCGUUACACCCUUCUUUAAUCAUGUCGAUAGUUUGAACAAGAUCAUUGAUUUAAAAA